AUGGAAAAGUCCCAUGUUGUUGUUUCUCUUCUUCUGGUUCUACUGUUUCAUGUUGGCAUAGCCACAGCAGUUAUAACUGAAGAUGGAUCAGAAGCGUGGGGCUAUGUUCCAGUCAGGCCAAAGGUUCACAUGUUCUGGUGGUACUACAGAAGUCCAAACAGGAUUCAUGAUCCAAAAAAGCCUUGGCCAAUAAUUCUUUGGUUGCAGGGCGGACCUGGUGCUUCAGGAGUUGGACUUGGUAAUUUCGAAGAAUUCGGGCCUCUAGAUGUGUUCCUAAAGCCAAGAAAUUCGACAUGGUUGCAGAAAGCUGAUCUUCUGUUUGUGGAUUAUCCAGUUGGGACUGGUUACAGUUUUGUGGAAGACGUUAAAAACACCACAUUGUUUGUGAAGAGUGAUAUGGAGGCUGCAAAGGAUGGAACUAAAUUCUUGACUGAGUUUUUCAACAGGAAUCAUACUCUCCAAAAGAGUCCUCUGUAUAUUGUAGCAGAGUCUUAUGGAGGCAAAUUUGCUGUUACUCUGGCAUUAUCUGCUUUAAAAGCUAUUGAGGCUGGAAAGCUGAAGCUAAAUAUUGGAGGAGUUGCAUUGGGGGAUAGUUGGAUUUCACCAGAAGAUUUUACCUCUUCAUGGGCUCCUCUUUUGAAAGACGUCUCAUUGCUUGACAGCAAUGGUUUCCAGAUAUCAAACAGGGUUGCUAAUCAAAUUAAGAAGCAAAUUGCAGCAGGUAAGUUUGCGGAGGCCACAGACACAUGGAAUGAAUUGGAAGAUCUAAUUACCAAGUACAGUAACAAUGUGGACUUCUACAAUUUCCUCUCAUUUGCAGAGGACGACCCUUCAUCGCUGUCAGCUGCUUCAAAGCUAAAACAACGUAUUGCAGUAAAAAGGUCCUGUCCUGGAGGUGAUGGAGAUCUUUAUAGCUUGAUGAAUGGAGAUAUUAAAAAGAAGUUGAAGAUUAUACCACCAAAUGUUACAUGGGGAGGGCAGUCCAAUAGUGUUUUUGAAGCCCUGAAAGGUGAUUUCAUGAGACCCAGGAUUAGUGAGGUUGAUGAGCUUUUAGCAAAAGGAAUAAAUGUGUCUAUCUACAAUGGACAAUUCGAUCUAAUCUGUGCAACCAAGGGAACCAACGCAUGGGUUGAAAAGCUCAAGUGGCAUGGGAUAAAAAAUUUCUUGAACAAGGAUAGAACGCCUCUCUAUUGUGGAGGUGACAAGAGUAUUAAGGGUUUCACCAAAUCAUACAGAAAUCUUCAUUUCUACUGGAUUCUAAAUGCUGGCCACUUUGUCCCUGUUGACCAGCCCUGUGUAGCAUUAAAGAUGAUAGGAAGCAUCACACAGUCACCUGCUGCUUCAGGGUAG